AGUAACUUCAGCAGAAGAUAAAAAAGAAAACAACGCGGCCGUUGGCUUCACUUUCUACCUCGGUUGUGUUCCGUUAACGGUCGGCUGAAGCCACAGCGGAGCGGACCCCCACCCGGUUUGUGUCGCUGUCUGCGCGCAGAGACAACACGAUGGAUAACGUUGUAUCUUUCACGGUGACGGUAACAUUGAGCCUUUUUAUGGCCGUAUCUCAGGUACACUGCAGCUCCUCCGGACUGAGGAGAGUCACCCGGGCACAGGUUCUGGGGUUUGAUUGGAAGAACUGCGGGCAGCCAGAUGAUCCAGCUGUUCUCAAGACUCUGACUCUGUCUCCGGACCCGAUCUCCAUCCCCGGAGACCUGACGGCCUCCGCCUCUGGAUCCACAUCUGUGGAGCUGUCUGCUCCCCUGGCUCUCAACGUGACCCUGGAGAGGGAGGUGGCGGGUUUCUGGGUGAAGGUCCCGUGUGUGGAGGAGUUGGGCAGCUGUCACUAUCCGGACGCCUGUGCCAUCCUGAACCAGCUGGUCCCGCCGGGUCAGGACUGUCCCGAGCCGCUCCACACCUACGGACUGCCCUGCCGCUGCCCCUUCAAAGCCGGAUCGUACUCUCUGCCUCAGUCGGACUUCUACCUGCCCGACAUGGAUCUGCCCUCCUGGCUGACCAACGGGGACUACCGUGUGCAAGGCGUCCUGGGCAGCCAGGGCAAAGAGCUGGCCUGCCUCAAAGUGGCUCUCUCCCUUCACUCCAACUAAAGCCCAACACGGCGGACGGUCGGGAGGUUUCAGGUGGUCGAUUAUUUGCACAUAGAAACGAUUUGAAAAUUUGGGAAACGAAAGCAGAAGUUGCACAAAGUUCUGAAACUGCUGAAGCUCACAGUCAGGGGUCUGUAACAAUGUUUAGAUGUGAGCUGACGAUGAGAGAAAACAAAACGGGGGGGAAACAUUUCACAUUUCUCCUGCACGAUAACAUUUUUGGGAAAACAAAUCUAUAAUAUAAUGCGAGAACUUCUGCACGCUAAACUAAUAAUAACACACGGCAACAUCACCUUUUUAAUUAAGUUGCUUUGUGACUAAAA